CUCUCGUCUCCACCAUAAGUAAUACUGUUUCUAAAAGAAAACCAUGUCUUUAUAACGACACAACUAAAUAAUAGUAAUAGUUGCUUACAAUAUUCGAUUUUGUUGAAAAGACUGCGCGCAUCGAUAUCUUUUAUAAUAUCACUUGUAAGAAGAUAUAAGAUAUAAUUGCGGCGCGGUAUUUCCUUUUUCCGAACUGCCCUUCCGUGUAACCACUGAUGCUGCCCCUUUACCUCGAUCCGAUUAUAUAAUCACUUAGUACCUAGUAAGCGUCAGCUUUCAGCUGACUUAUAAAUCAAAAUGAAGCCAUCACGGCUCCAGGCAGUUCAAACCUAAUUUGGAAAGAAAUAUCCAGUAGUACCUAAACCAAGGACAACAAUCAACAACGUAUCUUGUCGCUUUCAGGUCAAACCGUACAUAAAUGGCAGCAUCACCUCUAGCUCCUAGCAAGCCCGUCAAGUACCGCACGUCAUGCGAUCGCUGCCAAAACAUCAAAUUACGAUGUAGCCAGGAUAAACCGUCGUGUAAAAGAUGCAUUAGCAAAGGGAUCCGCUGCGUCUAUAGCCCUCUGAGGCGCAUGGGUAGACCUAAGAAAGUUGACACUGUCGCUUCGAUGAGUUCUGUAGAUAAGAGUCCGCCAAGUCCACCAAGUCCUGAGACAAUGGCACCGACACUGAAGAGUGUUACUACAAGUGACCGUCAACGGGGAUGUGCGGAUGGAGACGAUCCUCCCCUAACGGCAGACUUCGUUGGCAUGGGCCUGGGGUCCUACGCUGCCACCGCAUCGCAAGAUCAUCUCCGGAAUUGGGAUCCUAGUCCGAUGGGUAACGAGAUCGAUACGUCUCAUUACUCCCAACCUAACAGAUUUGCUUCCACAGUUGAUCAUGCAGUUGAUCAUGACGGAACUCCGCGCCACGAGGUAGACUCUUGGGCCUCUGUACCAGCAAGCAACAUCGGGCCCUUUAGCUCGGGGCCGUCAAACACAACUCCGAGGUCCGCUCCUCCGAUUGAUCUUGACGGGCCGAUUGGGAAAGAUGUCUCAGGCUCUAGUACCGACUGCUACACAGCUAUCCUCACGCGAACUUCAAAGCUAGAGCAGGCCUUAAACGCUGCACCACAUCCGCCGCCAAUAGACCUCGUACUCGAAGCAGAGCGCGACUUUCGAGCCCUUCAUCGCUGCCUUUUCUCCUGCGCGGGCCACUCGCAUCGUGGAUGCAGUUGUCUCACCUCCGACAGGCCCGUGCUUCUCAGUCUCUCUAUUCUGGCAGAACGUGUCGUCGCCAUGUUCGAGGAAAACUUCCGUUUCGCUGCGUCGAGAUCCAACUCCGUAAGCGGGAUAAUCCGAGACCCGUCUGGCGAUCCCCUUCCGGGAACCAUGGCCCGGCGUCUCGAGCGCUCCUUUCGCAGUUCACUCGACCAGCCGUGCAUAUUCCCUAUUCCGUCGGCCGACCUCAACAUACGGGUUGGCGACUUUCUGGUGGAAUCCCCGGUUAAGGCGCGUGCUGUCAUGGCAAUAUUGCGGCUGCGGAUACGGAAGAUACAGGCGGCGCUGGGGGAAAUGGGAAGCGUACGACAGGAGAGCUAUCCAAGGGAUACUCUGUCCGGUCCGCUCGAUUGGGGUGAUAGCGCGGGGGUUAUAGGGGAUGCCGCGAAGCUCUUGAUACAGGACUUGUUGAGGAGGAUGGAGUCGCUACAAGGGGGGAUGGCGUUGAUGGCGUAAGACUUGUAAAUGUGAUACCCAAAAAAAUGGUAGGAGAAGGGAACUUUGAGUUGGUUUACGGUAUCAUGACGUGAAUAGGUGGCGUAAAGAUGGCAAUACCCUAUA